AUGCGCCCCGCCGUCUCGCUCGCCCCGCCUGUCCCGCCCGCCCCGCCCCGCCUGUCCCGCUCGCCCUCGUCCUGCCGCCGCCGCCGCUCGCCUGGGCACCCAUCCCCGGCCUCACGCGCCCAUCUAGAUAGAUGGGGCCCGCGCACGACGAGGCCGGCGUGCCGUCGUCUCGCGGCGGCCGAGCCGCCGGAGGGGAAGAAGAGGAAGCGGAAGGCCGCCAGCGCGCUGGUGGUGUUCGAGAAGAAGAGCAGGAAGCUGCCCUACCCCAGCAAGGACCCCGUCCGCCGCCUCACGCAGAUGGCCUCGCUCGCCACGGCGCUCACGGCCACCAGCGCCGUCUUCAACAACGACCUCACCUACGUGCCCGGCAUGGCGCCCCGGUCCGCCAACCAAUCCGCCCUCGUGGCAGGAGGGAUGCAGGUGCUGCCAAGGGGGGAUGCAGAGACAUUGAGCCUAUGCAAGAGGAUGAUGGAGCAAGGGCCUCUCCUCGUCGUCUUCAAUCCGGUGGAAGGAUUCAUGGUCGAGGCAGACAGGCACAUCAAGGAUCUGACCAUCAUCACCGAGUACGUCGGCGAGGUUGACUACCUUCGAAACUGUGAGCACGACGACGGCGACAGCAUGAUGACUCUGCUCUUCGCCGAGCCGCCAUCCAAGAGCCUCGUCAUCUGCCCCGACAAGCGGAGCAACAUUGCACGGUUCAUCAACGGGAUAAACAACCGGAAGGCAGGAAGAAGCAGAACCUCAAGUGCGUGCGGUUCGCAAUCGACGGUGAAUCCAUUGUCUCCUGGUGGCCAACAGGGACAUCUCCAAGGGGGAGAGGUCUAUGCGAUUGGUGGGGAUGGAACCAUGAGAGGAGCAGUGGCGAUAUUUGAAAAGUUUAAAUGGCGUGGUUUGAGGAUAUCCAUUAUAGGGAUCCCAAAAACCGUGGACAAUGACAUCAGCAUCAUAGACAGGUCGCGUGGGCUGCGCCAGUAUAUGUUGUUUCUUGCAACUGGUCUUUGGGUCAGUGAACAGGAGCUGGAGACACAAGGUGAGAACACUGUUUAUGUCAUUUGUUUCUUUCAGUUUUACUCAUGGGACACCGAUGAUUGA